UCGUUAUUUAUCGUGUCGUUCUCCGUUCAUGUCUCAACGAGAUGAAAUAAUAAGAAAAUUGCACACUAAGCUUAUGCUAAACAAAAUUAGACAGGAGACGUGAUCCUCUACCACCAAACAAAUUCGUAAGGAAACGAGAUUAGCUCUUAAGCCUUUGAAAAUAGUAAAGUAUAUAAAGUAUAUUAAAUAGGGUACUCUAAAAGUCAAAACAAAAAGCGGCAAAAUCUUACAAAACCAAAAACUUAAAUGUUUAUGUAAAAACAUGUAAUACAUAUAAAUAUAGCAUAUAUUAAAUAUUUUAUAUAAAGUGAAUUAAAUAACAAAAUAUAGAGGAAUCUGAAACUGACCAUUGUUAUGGACAAUUGUUUUAUAGAUAUCACAGUAGAGUUUCUGGGAGUAGCUUUUCACAACAUUUUGUACUACUUAUCUGUGUAUCCUAAUUACAUAUUUGAAACUAGAAGAAAGUAUAGUGUGGUAGUUUACCGUUCCAUUCAUCUAGAAGUAAACGAAUAUAUUGAUUUGUGUUUAAAGAGUGCGGCAAACUGUUUAAGAAACGGGGAGUUACAGCGCAUAGAAUUCCUUAUAACCACGAGCUCGUAUGACGCUCUUCUUAAAUUUGUCUUUGAUAUAAAUAAAAUUGAUGAAUAUGAUCAGACCAAUGAUGCUUAUUUGGUUCAGGCCGAACAAAACAUGCGAGGGUUCUGUUUGUAUUUAACAACAUUGUGUGACAAGUUUAAGGGUUUACCUGAAGAUAAAAGUUUUAUGAUAUUAUUACAUACCAAUGAGUCUUCUGCAGUGGCUAUGACAACAAACCCAAAUUCAGAAGAAUUUCCUUUUGUUGAAACAGAAGAGAACACCCAGUUUGAUAAAAUUAUACCUAUAAGAAGAUUUUGUGUCCAAAAUUAUAAUUUAGAAAUGUUUGUGGAAGUUAAGUGAAUAAACUGGAACCAUCUCAUCAUUUCUUAACUGAAAGGGUAUAGGAUACACAAAGAUAUAAUAAUAAUGUAGUAUGGUAAUUAAUAUACUUGGAAUUGAAGUGUCAUAAGCAGUGACUGUUACAGAACUUUGUU